CUGAGUGGUGUGUUGCUGAGGCUGGGAACUCGGAAAAAUUGCAAAACAUCAUCAAUACAGUGUUACUAGCGGAGUUCUAAGUAUACUUAUGUCAUAGAGGAAGUUAAAAAGUGCCACAGUUUUUACCAGGUGAAUAUAUUAUCCGUGUGUGUAUUGGAAAACGCUUUCAUCUUCUGCAGUCGUCGAUAAUCAGUUUCACGCGACCGUCCCCAGUAUUGGAAAUUGCUUGCCACUGUUCAGUUCUCGGUUAUAUAAAUUGACCACACUUGGUUAGAGGUGUCCCCAUGGAUAUACAGCACUUAGAUUGAUCUAAGAUUAUUAUAAAUAUGAUUUCUUGUGAGAGUAAUGACUGGUAAUCAAUACAGUUUACCUACUGUGGCAGCAAUUAGCUGGAUAUUAUUGGAAUGCCACAUAUGGUUCAGUUUACAACAGUGAAGUAUGAAGCAUAUACGGUAAUUGUGCUUGUGAAGAUACAAAAUAUGUAGGUUGUUUCAUACAUUUGACAUAAUGCAUGUUAUAUCUGAGAUCUUGCUAGUGUGUUGGAGAACAGUAACUAGGGCAACUUUGUGAGUCAGUGUAGUACGGAUAUAUACACAGAAACCUAUUGUGAUAUUUCAAGGAAACAGUGUUAAACGUCAGAGACAUGGCAAAUGCGACAACAACUCUUGCACCAUAUGGGUGUAGUGAACGCAAGUGGCAUUACUUCCUAGCCUCCAGUUUAAUAACAUUCGGGGCUGGCUUAGUUAUCAUUUUGCUUUACAGGUUAUCACUAUUUAUCUUUUGUCAGACUAAAGCGGUUAGACGGAAAGGCUCCCUAAUCACUCCUAACAAUGCAAUACAGAAAGAUACAUCGAAGGAUUUUACCAAGGAGAAAGGGACGGGCCUGUUUAAAGGUCACGACCCGGAGGUUGGUUGGUUGACGGAAGCAAAGGACUGGGCUGGGGAACUCAUCUCAGGGCAGACAACCACAGGGAGAAUUUUGGUUGGGCUGGUGUUCGUGUUGAGUAUAGCGUCUCUCAUUAUCUACUUCAUCGAUGCUUCAUAUGAGCAGGUGGAGUCAUGUACGCCCUGGGCGGAGAGUACGACCCAGCAAGUGGACCUGGCCUUCAACGUCUUCUUUAUGAUCUACUUCUUCAUCAGGUUUGUAGCUGCAAAUGACAAGCUAUGGUUCUGGGUGGACAAGUUCUCGGUGGUCGACUAUUUCACUAUCCCACCCUCCUUUGUCGCUAUUUACUUGGACCACCAAUGGCUGGGGUUGCGUUUCCUCAGAGCGUUGCGGCUAAUGUCAAUCCCCGACAUUCUGACAUACCUGAAUAUCCUCAACUCCAACACCGUGAUCCGACUGUCGUACCUCGUCUCCGUGUUCCUGUCCCUGUGGCUGUCCUCUGGAGGGUUCCUUCACUUGCUCGAGAACAGUGGUGACUUCUUCAAGGACUUUGUGAAUCCGAAGCCAAUAACAUACUGGGAAUGUCUCUACUUUCUUGUCGUUACCAUGUCCACCGUUGGCUAUGGCGACAUCUACGCGGAAACCAUCCUUGGCCGACUCUUCAUGUCCAUCUUCAUCUGUGCCAGUAUUGGUUUGUUUGCCAGCUGGAUUCCAGAAAUCGCAGACAUCCUUGGCAAGCAGAACAAAUAUGGGGGAUCCUACAAAAAGGAGCGGGGCAAAAAGCAUAUAGUUGUAUGCGGCCACAUCACGUAUGACUCAGUCGCCAACUUUCUCAAAGAUUUUCUACACAAGGACCGUGAAGAUGUGGAUGUGGAGAUCAUCUUUGUACACAAAGCCUUACCUGAUUUAGAGUUAGAGGGGCUGCUGAAGCGACACUUCACCCAGGUUGAAUUCUUCCAGGGAACCGUAAUGGACGCCAUCGACCUUGAGAGGGUCAAGAUCAAGGAUGCCCAUGCGUGCCUUGUCCUGGCCAACAAGUAUUGUGAGGAUCCCGACCAGGAGGACGCGUCCAACAUCAUGCGAGUUAUCUCCAUCAAGAACUACCACGCUGAGAUCAAGGUCAUAGUCCAACUUCUGCAGUACCAUAAUAAGGCAUAUUUGUUGAACAUCCCAAGCUGGGACUGGAAGAGAGGGGAUGAUGCUGUGUGCAUUGCUGAGCUCAAACUUGGCUUCAUUGCUCAGAGUUGUCUGGCGCCCGGCUUCUCCACACUGAUGGCUAACCUGUUCACCAUGAGAUCAUACAAGCCGUCAGUUGAGAUGCAGCAAUGGCAGAAUGACUACAUGCGGGGCACAGCCAUGGAGAUGUAUACAGAAUUUCUGUCCUCGUCCUUCAACGGCCUGACAUUCCCUGAGGCGGCAGAGUUGUGUUUUGCGAAGCUGAAGUUGCUGCUGCUGGCUAUUGAGGUUCGGUCAGACGAGGGAAGGGAGAGCACUCUCGCGAUCAACCCGGGCUCAAAGGUGAAACUAGAGACGGCCACACAGGGAUUCUUCAUAGCUGAGUCUGCUGAGGAGGUCAAGAGGGCCUACUACUAUUGCAAAAGUUGUCACAGUGAGGUCACAGACAUUCGUAUGGUCAAGAAAUGUCGCUGCAGACCAUCUAUAGAGCCAUCGUAUAAGCCUAAGUUAAAAAUUAAUCCAAGUAUCAGAAUCACUGCCACUCAAAGUCAGAACCCUGGCAACCCAUUCACCAAGAUUAAAAAGCCCCCAGGGGGAGGUGGGAACAUAAAGAAAAAGAAAAAGUCCAAACAAAAAUCUGACUACGAAUGGCCAAGCAGUCCAAGUAAGGCAGUCCAUGGUCUCGAAAGGGAGAUGUCUGAGGUUCCAGUGGCCCCGUGGACCACUGUUGCUGAGAAGGGACCUGUGCAGGAUGAGCCCCGCAAGUUUGACUCAACAGGCAUGUUCCACUGGUGCCGGGGGAGAAUCAUUGAUGAGGCCAUUAUGGACCGCAACAAAGCAGCAAUGACUGUUCUAUGCAAUCACGUGGUUGUGUGUCUGUUCGCUGACGCCACAUCACCGCUGAUUGGUCUACGCAACUUGGUUAUGCCGUUGCGAGCGAGCAAUUUCCAUUUCAACGAACUCAAGCAUGUUGUUAUCGUGGGCAACCUAGAUUACCUUCAUAGAGAGUGGAAGACGAUCCAGAACUUUCCGAAAGUCAUGAUCCUACCAGGCUCGCCACUGAAUCGAGCCAACCUGCGUGCAGUGAAUAUCAACCUGUGCGACAUGUGUGUGAUUCUGUCAGCCAAGGACCGCAAGUUUGACGACCCACAUCUCGUUGACAAGGAGGCUAUUCUGUGCUCCCUCAACAUCAAGGCCAUGACGUUUGAUGACAGUGUGGGUCUCAUACAGUCGUCCUCUCCCAACAGCCCGGGGCAUCAUACUCUAGAGUUCCUGCCCCCUGGGUUUAUGCAGGUGACAAGCCCCUCCAAGUCAUCAAGACGAGGCUCAGCCUGCGGUUCCAAUGUGCCUCUCAUCACAGAACUUGCAAAUGACUCAAAUGUGCAGUUCCUUGACCAGGAUGAUGAGGAUGAUCCAGACACAGAGCUGUACAUGACCCAGCCCUUUGCCUGCGGCACCGCCUUCGCUGUCAGUGUGCUGGACUCACUCAUGAGCACAAGUUAUUUCAAUGACAAUGCACUUACUCUGAUCCGGACGUUGAUAACGGGCGGCGCGACCCCCGAGCUGGAACAGAUACUCGCUGAGGGUGCAGGCAUGAGGGGAGGCUACUGCACUCCCGCUGUCCUUGCUAACCGGGAUAGGUGCCGUGUUGCUCAGAUCUCCCUCUACGAUGGUCCACUUGCUCAAUUUGGGGAGGGUGGCACUUACGGCGCGCUGUUUGUCCAUGCUCUUCGCCAGCAGGGUAUCCUCUGUAUUGGGCUGUACCGGUUCCGGGAUACAAGCUCCACGGAGAAGAGCCCCUCAUCCAAGAGAUAUGUGAUCACCAAUCCCCCAGAGGAAUUUAAACUGCUACCCACUGAUCAGGUGUUUUCUCUUACGCCCUGUAACCUCUCUAAAAGUUCCGCUCCCUUACCAAAUGGGAAUGAGAAAAGUAAGGUGGAAGCAUGCGUGAGACCCCCACCCUCUCAUCUCUUUACAAAGAAAAAAAUCCUCAGAUUUUCUGUCUACAGCCGUUCACAAGUCUGACGAAAAAGAGACCCACAGCGCCGUUCCCCAGAGUCGAGCAUGAGGUAGAGGAAGAGAUUUCCCGCUACAUAAACCAGUCUGCAGACUUCAAGGCCUGACGCUCUUGCAAAUGAGCCGAAAAUUGAUCAACCAGCUUUCUGAUUAAAGUUCUUAAGCCUACAUGGUCAAAACAAAAAUGGAUCAGUCAGCUGUUAUUGUUUUAUAACCUCUGUAUUCCGUAUACACUUAUCAGAAAAAGCAAACCAGGUUUCCAGAUCUACAGACAUGGAAAAAAUCAAUAAAACAGCCUUUAAAUCUCGAGGCCUAUAUAUCGGUUCCCACCUAAAACAUCAUGGAGAGUCAUCAUGGUACAUGAACCAGCAAUACAACUUCGUCUGUUUGGCCUCGCAGGCAAACUAUCAACCUCUAGAUUAGAACAGUCUAUUGUAAUAGUGACAUUUAGUUCAAAACAUGGCAAUAUUGUCAGCCACUAGUGGAGCUUGCUCUAAUAUAUAGUGACCGCCUUGCAUCGAGAUGUUAUAUAGUGAUAUUUUUUCAUGAUUUUGAAAUGUUACAGUUUUUAAUAUGUUUUUUCUCUUUUCUUACAUCGUUACAAGCUACAAAGCACACUGUAUAGAAUAAUAUUGUGUUUUCUGUUUAAAGGCAGUCAACUUCUUUAAAGUUUUCAAUUUCUGGUUCAGAUCAAAAUUAUCUGUUUUUAGAUGUAUUUGAUACUAGUGCAUAAAAUUAAUGUACUAUUCACUUUCUCAAAAUAGAAUUGGGCAUUCCAUAUUGAAUUAAACAUUUCAAAAUGUGAUUCAUUUUUGUCCCUUAAUUUUGCCAUUUUUUUUUUCAACUUUAGCCCUGAUAAUGUUCAAAUAUAAAGUUCAAGAAGUGUAACACUUAUUUGUAUUUUAGUACAUUUUUAGAAGCAUUUGUGCUUGGCUGCCUUUAAGAUUGGUAACUGAAAAUACUAGUUUUUAAUUGUUGUAUGACACAUUUACUUUGAACUUCUAAUGACUAGCAACUGUUCUAGAUAACUUCUGAAAUAGACUCUUUCUAUCAUUUGCUUUUCUUACUCUGUAAAAGGGAGGCAUUUUAUUAUUGUGACUUGUACAUUCUGUUGAUGUUACAUUUUAUUUGGAUAAUAUGGAAAUAAGACAUGUUUUAUUUCUAUGUAUGAACAGUAGGAAAAAUAUCAUAAUGAUGUACAGCGUAGCGUCUAUUGUUACUUGAUGUUACGGUAUAUUCCCUUGAAGUUUGAAGCAUUCCAUUCCUGGUCAAUAGAUAUUAUUGUAAUACCUCACUUGUAAAUGUUGCUAUAUAAUACGAUUAAAAACCUACAGUAGACAACAAUUUAGAUGGUUUCAUGGAACAUAAUAAACUACACCAGAGGACAAUUUAGAUGGUUUCAUGGAACAUCAUAAACUACAGCAGAGGACAAUUUAGAUGGUUUCAUGGAACAUAAUAAACUACAGUAGACGACAAUUUAGAUGGUUUCAUGGAACAUAAUAAACUACAGCAGAGGACAAUUUAGAUGGUUUCAUGGAACAUAAUAAACUACAGUAGACGACAAUUUAGAUGGUUUCAUGGAACAUAAUAAACUACAGCAGAGGACAAUUUAGAUGGUUUCAUGGAACAUAAUAAACUACAGCAGACAGCAAUUAAGACUGUUUCUUGGCACAUACUGAACAGCAGUGGCAAUCGGAACACCUCGGCCAUCACCAUCGUAUGACAAACCUCGGAUGUAUGCCAGUGCAUUUAUAAGGGAUUUUUUUUUUGUUAAAAUAGUUAUAAUUAUUAAUAAUAGUAUUUUAAGGUGUAAUGGUAACAAUUAAGUUCAAAUCGAAUCCCAGGGAAGUGUUUUAUUGCAUAAAGAGUAAAUUCCUUAGGUCUGCUACAAGAUCUACUUGCAGGUAAAAUGUAAACAAAAUCUGCCGUUGUUAACCAUCUAUAAUACAUCCGAGGUUGUUUUAAUGCAAUAUGGCCCAAUGCUCCAAUUGCUGCUGUAGGUGACAAUUAGAACUGUCUCUAAAUUUACUGCUGACAUAAGUAAGAGGUAGUAUGUAUCACCCAGACCCUCAGACAGAACGACACAAAUGUUUUCUGUUUUUUAAUGUUUUUAGAGGUAUAAAAAAAAACUUUGACGUUUAUAAGACGUUUAUAAUUGAAGUAUUGGGGAAAAGAAAUAUUGCAAUCUUGGGCAUUGUUUAUAGGUAUAAUAUAACAAGUUUUGACUUCCUUGAGGGGGACGGUACAUCUUGUCAACCCUCGGCAAAUAAUGUCUCUAUCAUGCUGUGGUUUAUGAUUAGGUGUUUUUUUUUGAAGAAAAAAACUGGAAUAGAAAUUGUUUUUUUAAUUACUUUUUAUUAAAUUGUGUGUAUUUGUUUUCAACAAUUUUUACUGGUAUAUCAUUUUGCAAUUGUAUGUAUCUGUAAGUAGAAAUGACCGAUAUGAGGUACCGUCUUUGCAAUUUGAAAAACUGACAUGCUUAAGCAUUUUUGCAAGAGUAGAUUUCUAAGUUAAAUGCAAUUUAUCUGGCUUAAGAAGCUGACAUUUUGAUGGGGAAAUGCAGUGUUUUCCACAUUUAAUUGUAUUAUUUGAAUUAACUAGUUAAUACUAUCAUUGAAAAUGAUGUGAUAUAACGCUCCCAUAAUACAUAUAACUGCUUGUUAAAACCUACAAAGGCUUAAAAAUAAAUUGUUUGUUUCAGGUUUCCUGACCUACCCUAUUUUUGCCCGGAACCUAAACCUUUUUAUUGCUUUGAGAACUAUUUUUAUCAUUUAUUAAGGGUUUUUUUCCUUUAAAUGUUUAAAAUGAAGUGUUUUUGGCUUUUAACAAUACCAGUGAUGCUUCUUCUGUAUAGAUGUUCCUAUGCAUAUAGUUUGUAGUUUUGGGUAACAGAAAAAUCUCAAGAAACAAUUUGCCUAAAAAAAAGGUAAAAGAUUUUCUGACCUUACCUACCCUCUUUCUUUCUGGGCAUGAAAUCUGAAACAAACACAUUAUUUUUUAAUGCUUAAGUUUUAAGUCAAAGAUUAGUUUGACAACUUCUUUGCCUUGAUUUGUCAGCAAAUUGCAGAGACUGGACUUCAUAGCAGCUAGCAUUUGUAUGUCAAAACAGACUUGGACUGUGAUAUCAUGUGUAUAUAUUAUCUUAUAUUGUAUCUUUAAUACAACCUCCUGCUGCUAUGGGUGGUUAUUCUUGUCCAUUGGAUUAUCAUGACUUAAAUGUUUUACAAAGUUUUGACUGUUGACAGUAUUGUUUGUUUUUCUUUUGUGUGUUGUUGUGUAUUUGUCGGGAUUGUGUGUUUGAGGUAAUGCAGGCUUGCAACACAACAGUUUAUCUGGCGAGCCCAGUGAUCAAUACACUAGCUUCUCACCAAGGCAAUCCAGGUUUGAUUCUUGGCCUGGGCGCAUGUGAGUUUGGUUGGAGGUUAUCCAAAGAUGAAGAAGUGAGCUUUCUCCGGUUUCACCUCCAGCACAAUACCUUACUGUUGCGCAACAUUGUGCCAAUUAGUGUGACUAAGAUGAUCUAACUUUCUUCCAUGACAAUCGAUGUAAACCACAUAAAGUUUAAACUACAGUUUAUAGUAACACACCAGUUUAACUGUUUAUUGUACUGUAAGGGAACUAACACUGGAGUUUGAGUAAACCAGUACACCGAUGUAUGGGUAAACAAGCGUAUCGGAAAACCAGUGAUUAGGUAAACAAGAGUAUAAAUUAACCAGUACAGGGUGAAUUGUUAAACCAAUGUAUUGAUAAGCCAGUGAAUCAGUAAACCAGUAUAUUGGUUAGCUAGUCCAUGGGUGUAUCAGUAAACCAGUGUAUUGGUAAGCCAGUGAUUCAGUAAACCAGUAUAUUGGUUAGCUAGUCCAUGGGUGUAUCAGUAAACCAGUGUAUUGGUAAGCCAGUGGAACAGUAAACCAGUAUAUUGGUUAGCUAUUCCAUUGGUGUAUCGGUAAACCAAUGUAUUGGUAAGCCAGCGAAUCAGUAAACAAGUGUAUUGGUUAGCUAGUCCAUGGGUGUUUCAGUAAACCAAUUUAUUGGUAAACCAGCGAAUCAGUAAACAAGUGUAUUGGUUAGCUAGUCCAUGAGUGUAUCAGUAAACCAAUUUAUUGGUAAACCAGUGAAUCAGUAAACCAGUGUAUUGGUUAGCUAGUCCAUGGGUGUAUCAGUAAACCAAUUUAUUGGUAAACCAGUGAAGCAGUAAACCAGUACAUUGGUUAGCUAGUCCAUGGGUGUAUCAGUAAACCAAUUUAUUGGUAAACCAGUGAAUCAGUAAACCAGUGUAUUUCCAUGGGUGUAUCGGUUAACCAAUUUAUUGGUAAACCAAUGAAUCAGUAAACCAGUGUAUUGGUUAGCUAGUCCAUGAGUGUAUCAGUAAACCAAUUUAUUGGUAAACCAGUGAAUCAGUAAACCAGUGUAUUGGUUAGCUAGUCCAUGGGUGUAUCAGUAAACCAAUGUAUUGGUAAGCCAGUGAAUCAGUAAACCAGUGUAUUGGUUAACUAGUCCACAUGGUAUCGGUAAACCAAUGUAUUGGUAAGCCAGUGAAUCAGUAAACCAGUGUAUUGGUUAACUAGUCCACAUGGUAUCGUUAAACCAAUGUAUUGGUAAGCCAGUGAAUCAGUAAACCAGUGUAUUGGUUAGCUAGUCCACAUGGUAUUGGUAAACCAAUGUAUUGGUAAGCCAGUGAAUCAGUAAACCAGUGUAUUGGUUAGCUAGUCCACAUGGUAUUGGUAAACCAAUAUAUUGGUAAGCCAGUGAAUCAGUAAACCAGUGUAUUGGUUAGCUAGUCCACAUGGUAUUGGUAAACCAAUGUAUUGGUAAGCCAGUGAAUCGGUAAACCAGUAUAACAGUAAGCUAGUCCACUAGUGUAUUGUGAGAUCCCUAUUUAAAAGAUCGUUACUUUUCAAACAAGCUUUUAAAGCUUCAUCAAUUCUAUCUCACUGAAAUAUUUCCCAUUAUGCAUUUGUCAUUAUGUACAGGGCAAUGAACACUGUUAUGUUGCAAGCCUUGUCGAAUUGUUUCCAAUAAUAGAAGUGAUUCAUAUAUUCUUUUUAAACUCAAAAUAUAUAAAUGCCUUAUAUGAAAGUUUUGUAAAUUGAAAUUUGCUAUAGUUAACCAAAAAAUUAAAAUCAUUCUGCUUCUGAGUAUUGUUGAAAAAUAAUUUUCCAUGAAUUUUACUUCAACAAUUAUUGUAAUAUUGAUGGUGUUAAAUAUCAGAUUUAAUUUCAUUAUAUUAAUAGGUUAUUUUAAAGAAAAUUAAUGAUAAUUUGUCUUUUGAUUGUAUGUUUUUAUAUGGAAAUGAAAUUGUUUUGCAAAUCAGCUAAUACAUUAUCAAAAUAAUUACACUUAAUCUAGAGUCAACAAAAGUAUAAUGGUUGUCAAGUACAAUGUAAGAUUUAAGAACAAUAAUUCUAGUUUGAGGUCAUGACCCCUAAAUACUUUUUUCAAGAAUUUGCAUGAGUUGACAUAUUCAUUGCUUUAAGUGACACUCUUAUUCAAAAUCAAUACAUACACAUGUAUAACAAACAAACUUUGAGUGAUUAAUCUUUAAUUACUGUAAUACUAACUAUUAAAUGCAUUAAUGGAAUAUAUGAAAACGCAAAAAUAUUAAUUGAUUUGUGAUUGCUAAAAGAUUUACUCUGGUCUACUAUAUCGUUUCAUUAGGUAAAAAAAUAUAAUGUUUUCUGCACCAUAACGCCCUAAACUCGGUAUCUUUGAGAAGUACCAAUGUUUUUGACAUUUAUUCAACCUUUUUGGUAUAUAAAAACAAUUUUAUUAAUUGUGGUAAGUCUUAUUUGGGAGUAAGUGUGCAUCUUUAACGAUUGAGAUCAGCAAUAAUUCAAUACAUGGCUUUGUAACACAUUUGCAUUCUGCUUCAGUUUAAAAAGUAUUAAUUAUCAGCACAUAUCCGUUGUUUGAGAUUUUUCCGUUUCUAAUAUUUAAUAAUGAUAUUUGUGAGAAAAAAGCUUGUUUAUAUAGUUUUUUUAUAUAUACAGUCGAAACCCAUUGGUUUGAUAUUGCUUGGCUCGAUUUCCUCGUUGGCUCGAACUGGACGUAGAGGACCUAUUUUGUUUUACUCUCUGUAAGGAUGCACGCUUGGCUCAAUAUUAGCGAGGCUCGAAGUAUUUCAUCUGGUCCCUGGAAUAUCAAGCCAGGUUUCGACUUUAGUUAGAACAGGAUGUUUAAGUAAUUUGACUUUAUCUAUUGCAAGUGGAUAUAAAAUAUAAUUUUUAAAAUUUCUUGCAUUAUACUUAUGUAGGCAAAACAACAAAAACAACAAUGUUUUCAUAACUGCAUUUUUUGUUGAAACGUAAGCAUUUAAGGUUGUUUUGUAUGUUUUCUUUCUUAUUAGUUUGAGGAUUGUUGUCAGUGCUGUUAUAUGAUCUUUUUAUCUAAUAAAUUUAAUUUAUUUAAAA